AGUAGAGGCCAGGGAGGUGCUGCGGCAGAGGGGAUUCACCUGAAGCGCCAUAGCCGGAGCUCCAUCGCCAGGCUACAGCGUUCUAACCUGCAGCACAGGAGGUGCGAACUGUGAGGUCUAUGUGGACAGGUCUGUCUAUGUGUAACAGCAGGAUUGAUUGAAAAGGACAUCCGCGACCACCCCCGUGGCUUUGCAAGACAGGUCGCAGGCACAGUGGUACGCGUGAACUGAGUCCAACACGAUGGAGUCUACGGCAUGGCGGCUUGCAAUCCGUGCUGCGCGUCAAGCUUGUUGGCAAAUGCGGCGGUCGUACUCGGUGGGGUCGCUUCCUGGCAGAGUGAGUGGUGUUCAGCAGCAGCUUCGUCAUGGCCCUCCGUCCCAGCUGCAGCAGCUUCGACGACUCAAUGUGCAUGAAUACCAGGGCGCUGCAAUAAUGAGCAGUCAUGGUGUGAAUGUUCCAAGGGGUAUAGUGGCGUCGACUGUGGAAGAGGUCAAAGCUGCUGCAAACAAGCUUGCGCCAGAUGGUGGGGAGGUAGUCGUGAAGAGCCAAGUUUUGGCGGGGGGAAGGGGUCUUGGUGUUUUCAAGAAUGGGUUCAAGGGUGGCGUACAUAUUGUUCCUGUUGAGGAUGCAGACAAAACUGCGGCGAAGAUGCUCAACCAGGUGCUCGUCACGAAACAGACUGGCGAAGCUGGCAAACCUGUGAACAAGUUGUUUGUCUGCGAAAGACUCUCUCUUGUGAACGAAAUGUAUUUUGCGAUCGCACUCGACCGCGUAAGUGCUGGGCCGGUCGUCAUCGCGUGUGCAAAAGGUGGGACGAGCAUUGAAGAUCUUGCAGAAAAGUACCCUGACAUGAUCAUCAAGGUGAAGAUUAACAUCGAAGAGGGAAUCACUCAUGAGCAAGCAGUGCAAGUCGUGGAGGGGCUUUCGCCGAAACGCUGUGACAAAGCGGAGGCAGUCGAGCAGAUCAAACAGUUGUACAAUGUCUUUUCGAAAUGCGAUUGCACGCUUCUGGAAGUCAACCCUCUUGCGGAAACGGACGAUGGGAAGAUGGUUGCAGCGGAUGCGAAGCUGAAUUUUGAUGACAAUGCGGCGUUCCGUCAGAAGGAGAUCUUUGCAAUGAGGGACACGGCGCAGGAGGAUCCCCGCGAAGUCGCUGCAAGCAAAGCAGACCUGAAUUACAUUGGUUUGGAUGGAGAGAUUGGCUGCAUGGUUAAUGGUGCAGGGUUAGCAAUGGCGACGAUGGACAUAAUCAAACUCCAUGGCGGUACUCCUGCCAACUUCUUGGACGUGGGUGGCAACGCAACAGAGUCCCAAGUGGUGGAGGCCUUCAAAAUCUUGACAGCAGAUUCAAAGGUAAAAGCAAUCUUGGUCAACAUUUUUGGAGGAAUCAUGAAGUGCGACGUGAUCGCGGCUGGCAUCGUCAAUGCUGCCAAGCAAGUAGCACUGCAAGUUCCCCUCAUUGUGAGGCUAGAAGGAACGAAUGUCGAUGUGGGGAAGAAGAUAUUGAAGGAGAGCAAGAUGCAGAUCAUUGCUGCAGAAGACUUGGAUGAUGCUGCAGUGAAAGCAGUCGCGUCCCUGCAGUAGAUUAAUCUCAGGAGUCUUUGAUGGCAGUCCCUAUUUGCUUCUACCCACUUCUCCCUAUUUCACGCUGUCGACAAGGAUUUGCGUUCAUGUUUCUAGGCCUAGCUCUAUUUGUUUUUAUUUUAUUUUUUCCCUUUGUUUAAGUUUUUUAUCAUUUCCCUGAACCGGCAAGUUAGUUUUCAAGGUUGAGAAAGCUAUUUCAAGGAAGUCGGAGAAAGCGGCAUCAAUAAAAUUCUAUAGAUUAGCUGCUGCUUACUUCCUCCUCCUCGUAAGAAUGUUGUAGAGAGAUUCUACCCUUGGUGGAUAGCACUUUGUGUACAUGUGUGCUUAUGUCUUUUUCCGCUGCCUAUUGCUUCAUCGAGAUAAAUUGUCCUUCUCCUUCCCUACUUUUCUGCCAUGCUCUGGCUGAUGGAGAUUCUGAAAGAUAGCAGAUAUGCUCUGUGGAAUGUGGCGUUUUUUGGCUGGGAGAGGUGUGAGGGGGAAAACUAUGAGGACAGCAGCCCACCCCGCUCCUGAAAUGGGCGUAAUUUGGUGAAGGACCUGUUUUCUGAGCAGCAACCAAGUGGGUGAAGAGGGAGAGGACUCAACUUGGGUGCAUUUUCCUCCUGAAAUGGGCCUUAUUUGGUUAAGGAUCCCUUUGCUUGUGUGCUUUCAGCAAACUUGGGCAUUCCCUGCCAUUUCUUAAAGAUUGGCUAAUGAAAGGAUGAUAAUCUC